CUUCAAAGGGUACAAAAUUAUAUAAACAACAUUUAAAAAUUCGGAAAAAAAACCUGCAAAAUUUACGGUCAACCAAUUAACUAACGCAAAGAAGGAAUAAAAUGCUGACAAGAUUGGGUCGGAGUGGUGGCACCACCGUGCGCUCCUUCGCCAAGGACGUCCGCUUCGGCGUCGAGGCGCGCAGCCUGCUCCUGCAGGGCGUGAACGUCCUGGCCAACGCGGUGGCGACCACUCUGGGCCCGAAGGGCAGGAACGUGCUCAUCGAGCAGCUGCUGAUAUCGCCACGGAUCACCAAGGACGGCAUCACGGUGGCCAACAAUGUGCAGCUGAAGGAUCGGCGCCACAAUAUGGGCGUGCAGCUGCUGCGCCAGGCAACCAAUAAUACGAAUAACAAAGUGGGCGAUGGCACCACCACAGCCACAAUCUUGGCCCGUGGAAUAGCCUGCCAAGGGCUGCAUGUGCUCCGCCAGGGUCAGGUGAAUGUUCAAUUGCUGCGGGAGGGCAUUCUCCAGGGAUCGAGAGCGGUGUGCAAGGCCCUGGAUGAAAUGUCUGUGUCUGUGGACACCAUUGGCCAAGUGGAAGCCGUGGCCAAAGUGGCCUUAAAUGGAGAAGAACGGCUGGCAGAGCUAAUUGGAGACACUAUCCUGGAACUAGGCGAAGGAGGUGUCAUCCUCCUAAAGGAAUCGCACAGCCCCAUUGACGAGGUGAAGAUCCAAGAGGGCAUUACCCUACCCUCUGGCUACUUUUCACCCUUCUUUGCCACAAAAAGUGAAGGCGACACCCUGGAGUUGGGAAAUUGCCUUCUACUGCUCACCCUGGCUAAAAUUGAUCAGGUUGAACAGAUCCUUCCCGCUUUGAAUCUGGCCAAGGUGAGGGAACAACCCCUACUCAUCAUAGCCCAGGAUUUUUCCAGCGAUUUGCUGAAGAUCCUGGUGCUCAAUCAUCUGCAAGGUCGAGUACAGGUCUGUGCCGUCAAGGCUCCAAACUUUGGCGAGGAGCAGCGUCAGGAAAUGCAGGAUCUUGCUCUGGCCAUGGGUGCCCAUCUCCUGGAGGAUGCAACCUGGCUGGCGGAACUGGACGAGGAGGAUUUAGGCGAGGUGGUCUCAGCGGUUGUAGACGCCAAGGAAACACACCUGAUGCAGCCGAUCAAUGUGAAUGAGGAGCAGGUGCAGGCUCGCAUUCAGCAUAUCCGUGAGCUGAUCGAGGAGGCAAUCACCGAUGAGGAUCUGGACCGACUGAAGACUCGGCUGGGCCGGAUGCAGGGCCACCUGGCCACCAUCUAUGUGGGCGGCACAAGUGAUCUGGAGGUGAGCGAGCGAAAGGAUCGCUUCAACGACGCCUUGCAGGCCGUGCGAGUGGCCAUCAGCGAUGGAGUUGUUCCCGGAGGCGGGACAGCCUAUUUGCGCUGUAUUCCGGCUUUGGAUAAGCUGCCUCCGGCGGAGGUCAUGGAGCACCAAGUGGGCAGGGAAAUUGUGAGGGACGCACUGCGUCUACCCUGCUACACAAUCGCCCGGAAUGCUGGAGUAGAUCCCGACGAGGUCCUUCGCCAAGUAAUCGCCGGCAGUGGGAACUAUGGAUACGAUGCCGCCGCUGGUGAAUUCGGCGAUCUUUUAACACGCGGAAUUGUAGAUCCCACGAAAGUGCUGCAAUCCGCCAUGACGGAUGCGGCCGGAAUAGCUUCCCUUUUGGCCACCACCGAAGUUCUCAUCACCGAGCAGCCGAGGAAACGGAAGAUUCCCAAGAACCAGAUUACCCAAGACCUUGCUAAACUUGUUGGCAUGUAGUUGAUCAUUUUCAUAUUUUAUAAUCGGCACAAGUAGGCAAAAUCUAUUUCAAAGUGUCUUUAAAAUUGCAUGUUCCAAAAUAUUACUUAGACUUGCUUUUUUAACGGGAUCGUAAGAAAUGUUUAAAAUGUUUAAAUUUGGACUAAAAUAAAUUUGUAAUUUGAAAAUUGUAUCAUUGAACACAUACAGGGAUAAUGUACUUUCUGAUUAAAAAACUUUGAUGAGAUAAGCUUUAUAUUUAAAAA